GUGAGAUCUCUGCCGGAAAACGCACGUUUGGAAGAACGUAAGCAGAAGGUUGAAGAGACAGUAAUUUGGUGAGUCUUGCUGUUGAAAGACAACUUGCGUGUGAAAUGGCUGAGAAGAUUGCUCUGGUUGAAAGGUUCCUGAGUUGCCACGUGUGUUCAGAGACUUUCACGGAUCCCGUGUCUCUGCCCUGCAGCCACAACUUCUGUUCAAGCUGCCUUCAAAACCUCUGGGAACAGGCUAAAAACAAAAACUGUCCCAUUUGUAAAAGAAAAUCCUCAAAGGAUUAUCCAUCCAUAAACGUUUCUCUCAAAGAACUAGCUGAGGCCUUUGCUAAGAGGGAGACUGAUGCUUCACCCGAGACAGAAAAGGACAGAGAGAGUGAGAAGGAGGAGGUGGUGUGUGAUAAACAUCCAGAAGUCCCUUAUUGGUUCUGUGAGGAUGAAGGCAGAGCUGUGUGUCCUGUCUGUGAGUUUUCCCUCCACCAGAGUCACAAGGUGUUUCCAAUAGAACAAGUAGUCAGUGACCUGAAGGAGCAGCUGAAAUCUGACUUAAAGUCUCUACAGGACAAAAGGGACAAAUACAAACAAGUGGAGAAAACAUACGAUGCAACGAUUCAAUACUCCAAGAAGCAGCUGUUGUCCACAGAGAGGCAGAUGAGAGCAGAGUUCAACAAGCUCCACCAGUUCCUGAAAAAGGAAGAGGAGUCCAGACUGGCAGCUCUGAGGGAGGAAGAGGAGCAGAAGGGGAAGACCCUCAGCCGAGAGAAGAAGAUGAUUCAGGAGCAGAUCUGCUCCCUGUCAGACAGUAUCUCUGCCGUUGAAGAAGACCUGCAGAAACAAAACAUCCCGUUCCUCAGCAGUUGUGAACCCACUCGGACCAGAGCCAGAGCCCUGUGCUCAGCGUCAGAUCCUCAGCUGGUCUCAGGAGCUCUGACAGAUGUGGCCAAACACCUGGGCAACCUGUCCUUCAGAGUCUGGGAGAAGAUGAAGGAUGAGGUCCACUUCAGUCCUGUCAUUCUGGACCCAAACACUGCAAGCGGAUGGCUCCAUCUGUCUGAUGAUCUGACCAGUGUGAGAUGUAGAGACACGGAGCAGCAGCUCCCUGACAAUCCAGAGAGAUGCACUGAGUAUCCCAUUGUCCUGGGCUCUGAGGGCUUCAGGUCAGGGAACCACAGCUGGGAGGUGGAGGUGGGAGACCAUCCUGUCUGGAAUGUGGGUUUGGCUAAAGAGUCAGUUGACAGGAAGGGAGAGAAUCCUGCCUCACCAAACUAUGGAAUCUGGUGUUUCUUGCAUCGCAAUGGAAGAUACACUGAUGGUGUUGGUAACACUGUUACACUGCAGAAGAGUCUUCAGAGGAUCAGGGUCCAGCUGGACUACAACAGGGGGGAGGUGUCCUUCUACGACCCUGAAGACAUGACUCACAUCUUCACUCACAGAGACACGUUCACUGAGAAACUCUUCCCAUAUUUUGAUAUUGGAGGGGCUGAUGAUGCCAAGACCACUGAUAUCAAACUCUGUCGACGUGAGAUUUCUCUGUGAUGCUCAGGGAUGUUAGUUUUUCUAUCGUGAUGGUUUGAGGUUUAUUACCCUCUAAACUCAUCAUCCCACCCUACAAUCCAACCAAGCAUUCUACACCUGCUUACCUGUCAGUUUUUCUUUGAACCACAUUUGAUUUGGUGUUGAGGGUCACUAAAAUAUUCCGCCUGCUGUGUCUGUGGUCUGAAAGGACUCAUCCAAAAUCCUGUUGAAAAAAACUGAAAACAUCUCAACAAUUGUUAGCUACUUUUGACACAUAUACACACAUAUACUCUGACUUCAUUUUCUGUUUAGGUCAGAUUUGGAAGAAGCAAGGUAAACAAGAGGUAAUCCAGAGAAAGAAAAGAUCUACUACAUCCUGACACUGUGGUCCGUCAUCAGAUCAGUCCUGUCAUUCUGGACCCAAACACUGCAAGCGGAUGGCUCCAUCUGUCUGAUGAUCUGAC